AUGAUGAUAAACUAUCCAAUUUAUAUUGUCACUUGGAUAUUCGUUGUUCAAGCAACGCAUUUUCGUGACGGUUCUGUCACUUAUCGUCCAACAGGAAAUGUCACUGAUAAUCAGACCGGUAUAUUGAAUUGUAUACUAAAUUGCAUGUCAUCCAUUGGUUAUGAUCCGCCUUUAAUUAGACCCUAUUGUACAAAUAUUAGUACGGCCUUAGGUGUAGUAGUUGGUCAACGUUCAGAUAUUGUUGAUAUUACAGCAAAUUCUAGUUUUACUGUUGCUUAUCAAGGUUCUCCCCGGCAAACAUUAGGUGGCGGAUCAGGUCUUGGUUGGAGUAUAGCGUGCGAUAUUGAUGUACAACUACGACCAGAUGGGAAAAUAAAUACAUCACCGGUAUCCAUUAUGGUAUCAUCUAUCAAUAUCCAGUUGAAUGUUCAAUAA